AUUUUUUUAUAUUUUUUACGCAUUCAUAAAAAGAGAGCAGAUCUAUUCAAUCUAUAUUCCUUAUUUAUAUUUCCUAUCUCUCUCUCUCUCUUAUAUCUCUUUUUUAUAUACAUAAAAUGAACAACAACACAGACAUUGUACAUAACAUCAAUACUGAUCGUACUUCAGACUCUGAAGAUGACACCAUGUCCAUAGCUCCCUUUAACAGAGUAUCUGGGAAACGACUACCUAGAAGUAUAGCUCCCAUGACGACUACUGAUGAUGAACUCUCUCUUUCUCCUGUCUCUUCUGCCCUCUCUUCUGAUGAAGAACAAGUCACUGAACAGAACAAUGGUAGUACAGAAACCAAUUCCUAUUACAAUGACCCUGAAUUAUACGGCCUACGCCGCUCACAUCGUCAAAAACACACCAUUCAGUUUACGGAUGACGAAGAUGAUAACGAUGACGGUGAUGAUGCAUACAUGUCUGCAGAAGAAGAGGCAUAUACUACAGCAAGUGAAGAAUCCGCAGAUGAUUCUGACGAUGAUUAUUAUGAAUCCUCCUCAAAGACAAAGAAAAGAAAGUCUACCAGGACUGCUAGUACUACCCCCACCAUUGCUUCUACUUCUACUACUAGCACACGAAGAAAGUUAAAGCAAAGAGCAACUUCUGAUACAGAACCUGAACCAUCAGAGGAUGAUGACUCUGACGGCGAUUGGGGUUCAAAAAAGAAGACCUCUAAAAGAAAAUUAAAGCAAAAGAGUAGCUCAGGGACCAUCUCUCCUAGUGAUUAUUCAAGACACUCUACACGUACACGUAAAGUAACAAAUUACAAUAUCAAUGAUAUCUAUGGUCUAUCUGAUGAAGAAGAUCAACCUAUGCAUGCUGCUAAUGAUAACGAUGAAGAUGAAGAUGCUAUCGAAAUGGUUCUAGACCAUCGUCAGAUUGAAGGCACAGAAUCUGACCCUAUCCAAUUUGAAACAAAUGUUGAAUACCAAAUCAAAUGGAAAAACUACUCCCACCUUCAUAACACUUGGGAAAAUUAUGUCUAUCUUGCUUCAUAUAAAGGUUUCCGCAAAGUUGAAAAUUAUAUCAAUCGUAUCAAAGAAGAACUGGCUUAUCGUAAUAGCAGCUCAACCACAAAGGAAGAAAUUGAGCAAAAGGAUAUUCAUUUACAUCGUCUCCGUGAAGAUAUCAAAGACUGGUCUACUGUUGAGCGCGUCACUGCUGCAAGAGGCAAGCCUGUUGAUCAAUACUUUGUCAAAUGGAAGCGUCUGAACUAUGAUGAAUGCACUUGGGAAGAUGCCUCUGAUAUUUCCUCUGAAUACCAAUGGGCCAUCGAUGACUUUUGGGAGCGUGAACAAAACCUAAAGAUACCCCACCGCUCAGCAACAUACCCAAGAAACCAACGCCCUGCGUUUCAAGCAUUCAAGAAGCAGCCUGAUUAUAUCAAGGGUGGUGAACUCCGUGACUAUCAGCUUCAUGGUGUUAACUGGAUGUAUUGGCUAUGGUGCAAGAACCACAACGGCAUCCUUGCUGAUGAAAUGGGCCUUGGAAAAACUGUACAGACAAUUAGUUUCUUUAAUGUACUCUAUCACAAGCAACAGCUUUAUGGUCCCUUCUUGGUUGUGGUUCCCUUGUCCACUUCUGAAAACUGGAUCAAUGAAUUCAAGCAAUGGGCGCCUGAAAUGAACGUCAUCUGUUACCUGGGUAACCGUGCUGCACGUGAAGCAAUCCGUAACACAGAGUUUUACGUUUCGGAUACAAACAAAAUCAAGUUUAAUAUUCUCAUCACUACCUAUGAAAUCGUCCUCAAGGAUCGCGACGUUCUUGGCAACAUGCGCUGGCAAUACCUUGCUGUGGACGAAGCCCAUCGCUUAAAGAACUCUGACUCACAGCUCUAUGAAGCCCUCUCUGGCUUCUCAACCACCAACCGCCUCUUGAUCACUGGUACACCUCUGCAAAACAGUGUGAAGGAACUCCUGGCCCUUGUUCGCUUUUUGAUGCCAAGUAUGGACUUGAGCCACUAUAACUUUGACCUUGAUGUUGAAGAUGCCAAUCAAGAAGAAAAGAUCAAGGCACUUCAUGAAAAACUGAAAUCCAUCAUGUUGCGUCGACUAAAGAAAGACGUUGAAAAAUCAUUACCAAGCAAGACAGAACGCAUCCUGCGUGUCCAGUUGAGCGAAAUGCAAAAAUCUUAUUAUAAAGGCAUCUUGACCAGAAACUUUGAUUUCUUGGAAAGUAGCUGUGAAAACAAACGACAAUGGCUCAACAUAGCUGUUGAACUCAAGAAGGCAAGCAACCACCCAUUCCUUUUCCCUGAUGCUGAAAAGCGUACAACUGAUAAAAUUGAGCAACUAAGAGGGCUCGUCGAAAGCAGUGGCAAGAUGGUUUUAUUAGACAAGCUGUUGACGCGUCUCAAGUCAGAUGGCCACCGCGUACUCAUCUUUUCCCAAAUGGUCAUGAUGCUAGAUAUCCUCUCUGAUUAUAUGUUGCUCAGAGGCCAUCCAUUUCAGCGCCUUGAUGGCUCUACUAAACCUGAGGAACGUAACAAGGCUAUUGAACAUUUUAAUGCCCCUGAUAGCCCUGACUUUGUAUUCUUGUUGUCUACCCGUGCUGGCGGUAUGGGUAUCAAUCUUGUCACGGCCGAUACGGUCAUCAUCUUUGACUCUGACUGGAAUCCUCAGAACGAUCUCCAAGCCAUGUCUCGUGCCCAUCGUAUUGGUCAAACUAAGUCUGUAAACGUGUACCGAUUUGUGUCCAAGGGAACGAUGGAAGAAGAUAUCAUUGAGCGCGCCAAAAGAAAGAUGGUAUUGGAAUACUGUAUUAUCAAGCAAAUGGACACCUCUGGCUACUCCUUACUCGCCGAACACUCCUUAAAGACCGCUUCUGGCAAAAACCGCGAUUUGCCUUUCAAGAACCAAGAACUCUCUGCCAUUCUCAAGUUUGGUGCUAAAAACAUGUUCCAGACAAACGAGCAUACAGAACAACUGAAUGAUAUGGAUCUUGAUGAUAUCCUUGCUCGUGCUGAACAAACUGAAACCAUCAACGAAGGCGAUGGUACCGCACUUGGCUCUGAUGACUUUUUGGCACAGUUCAAGAUUACGGACUAUGGAGGAACGGCUGACGACCUGAGCUGGGAGGAUAUCAUUCCUCAGUCUGAAGUACAGAAAGUGAAAGAAGAACAAGACAAACAAGAACUUGAGGCCAUGUAUAGCCGUGCUGCCAAGAAGGGCCGUGUGACGUAUAGCGAAAGCCAUCCUGAUGAGAACGAAGAGGAAGAAGAAGGCGAAAUCGUCAAAGGAACCAAGAAACGAAGGCGACCAACAACGGGCUCUUCAUCCUCCAACAAAAGACACUCAAGUGAGCUUUCUGAGCGCGAUCGUCGUGCGGUUGUUCGUGCAGUGCUGAAGUAUGGCGAUCUUGAAGAUCGUUAUGAUGAGGUCUCGUCUGACUUUGACCUUGGUGCCAAGAAGAAGGACACAAUCAUUGAUCUUUAUCACGAUUUAAUUUCUGAAUGUAAAGCAAAGGUGCGUGAGCAAAUCCUGAAAGCCAAAAGCCUUCCAGCGAACAAGCAGGUCGCCUAUUCUGAUCUUUUGAAAGAACUUCGACAUACCAAGCAAAAGGCCAUUCUAUUUACCUGGAAGGAUAUCCAAAGUGUGAAUGCUGGCCAGGUGCUGCAAAGACAUCAUGACAUGAAGAUACUGGCGAGAAGGAUGGCCCUGAUGACAGACAUGACCAAAUUCCGUGUGCCUCUUUUAGCAAAGCGCGUGCAAGGCUGGUCCUGUAACUGGGGACCCAAAGAAGAUGCUAUGCUCUUGGUGGGCGUGCAUAAGUAUGGAUUUGGGUCUUGGCAAAUGAUUCAAGCUGAUACUCCCCUGGGGCUCCAGGAUAAGUUUUUUAUUUCAACAAACGAUGAAGAUAAGAGAACGCCAAAGGCUAUUCAUUUGGUACGUCGCGCAGACCAGAUGCUGAAGAUAUUGGCUGAAGAAGAAGAAUUGAGGAGAGAAAAAAAAGGUUCAAUCACAAAGCGAGUACCAAAUUCAUCUAAGCAUUCAAACACUUCUUCAAACCGCGGCAAUCUUUCUCCAUCUAAACAUAAGCAUACAUCAUCAUCAUCAUCAUCAUCUUCAAAGCAAAUGCAGAGUGGAGCUGCUUCUUCCAGCAAAUCUGCUAUUUCAAGAAAUACCCCUGAAGACCAUAGACAAAAGAGCAAUAACCAUAGCAGUCAUAAUCAUAGUAGUCGUAGUAGUCAGAGUCAGAGCCAUAGUCAUAGUCAUAGUAGUAGUAAUAGUCAUAGCCAUAGUCAGGGUCAGAGUAGUAGUAGUAGUAGUUAUGAUCGCAAGAGAAAGCAUAGAUCAGAUGAUACAGAAGAAAGAUCUGCUAAGCGCCAUGAAAGUGAAAGAAGAAGAAAGAGCAACGAAGAAAGCUCUAGUCAGACAUCCCGUAGUAUGGCUCCUGUUGAGCGACAUCUACAUCGCUUGAAAUACGAUUCAAGAAAGGAAGAAGGAGCUAAGAAGGCAAAGAUGAUCAGAGAGUGCAUUGGCGCUAUUGGCAAACAUAUUGAAGAGCAGAUUGCCAGGCGACCUCAUGAACCCAAUUAUGCACAGUCUCUCUGGAAAUAUACCACAAAGUAUUUCCCAGGAAACGUCACUUUCGAAGACCUGACUAGUUUGUAUGAAAAGAUGAAGCAAGUUGAGAAAGAAUUGGCUGCAAAAGAAGGUAAAGAUACUGUCAUUUAACCUAAAAGUAGACGGUUAAAAAUAUGAACAAUACGAAGUUAAUUUUCAAACGAAUAAAAAUUGUGCUUUGAGAAAAAGCUGUAUGACUGUAAACAUCUUACUUGUAAAUAACCUGAAGCGAGAUGUAUGACUACAUUAUAGAAGAAGUGCGAGCUUCUUUUCUUUACAGUAGAUUGGAGCCUUCAAAGAAAAAGGAAGGGAAAAUGUAAAAGUAAACCUAGUUCCUAUAUAAUUCUUUUUACUCUUGCAAUAUUGGUUGAAGUCAUACAAUGUUUAAUAAAAUACAAUCAAAAGACAUAAUAACCCUCACAAUAUAGAUGCUUUAUAAUGUUGCAAAUAAUGAAUGAAGGAUAACCCACUUGCAGCACCAUGACGUUUAUCCUUUUGAGUUUAUUUACUUCAUUUUUGCACAUGACGAGGAAAAUGACAU